AUGGCACGAAUAGUAUGCAAAUACAGUUUGUUUAUUAUCUGGUUAGUUCUAAUCCUGCAGUAUUCUCUUUCCACUUGUGCUCACUCGAAAAAACUGUAUGAGAAUAAACCAUGUAAGAGAUUCGUGCUCUAUUACCAUGACAUUCUCUUCAAUGGUACUAAUAUCGCUAACGCCACUUCUGCUGCAACCACGAACUAUACCAGUCUUGGGAAUUUCAAGCAUGGGAUGCUUGUCGUCUUCGAUGAUCCCAUGACCAAAGACAACCACCUCUUAUCUACCCCAGUGGCUCGAGCACAAGGGUUUUACUUCUACGAUAUGAAGACAACGUAUAAUGCCUGGUUUUCUUACACGUUGAUUUUCAAUUCUACUGAACAUAAGGGUACACUUAACAUUAUGGGUGCAGAUAUGAUGAGUGAGGAGACCAGAGAUCUAUCGGUUGUCGGUGGCACGGGUGAUUUCUUUAUGGCACGAGGAAUUGCUACUUUUCGUACUGAUGUUGCUCAAGAUGAUUACUAUUUUCGACUUGAAAUGGAUAUCAAGCUGUACGAAUGUUAUUAGAUCAUCUUUCCGUUUCUAGAUUUGAAAAAUCAUCUUUCCGUUUCUAG